AUGGAUUCGACGUCCGAGGACUCUGCUGUAGCAGGUAGUGCGUGUAUAAGUUUUCUGGAUCUUCCCGACUGUAUGAUAGAGCAUGUGCUGGAGAAUUUAACAUACGACGAGAUAGCGAAAAAGCGCAUUGUUUGUCGAAAAAUCGAUCGCAUCUGCCAAUCGCUGCUGAACAGAGGCUUUAUCAAGAUGAUCCGAAAACACAAUAUGAAUCUGAAAGCGAUCAAAUCUCAGCUGCCACGGCGUGAAUCGGAACGACGGAACCAUCCGCUAUCGAAGCAUUCCGACAUCCUGACGUGCAUCGAAACACGCAUCUCCAUGCUGUCCAUGACGUACUCGAAGUUUAUCGAGAAGGAGCUGUGCUGUUUCAUACCGGGCAAGGUGAUCGACGAAGUGCUGAACAUCCUGGGUCUAAUCGAGAACACGUCGCGGCCCCUUCGAGCGCACGAGGUGCUCCAGGAGCUGCGCGACAUUUCCUCCAUGGCGAUCGAACAUUUCGACGAAAACAUUGCGCAUCGGUUGAAGAAGAUAAUCGGCGUACAGCAUCAUCCCAAGCUGGGUAGCCACCACAGUUUACCGUUUCCCGCGGCUAGUUUCAUACAGCACGAAGUCAUGUUGCCAUGCGAUGUGAAUGGGGAAAAGUUUAUAAUACCGACGCUAACGCCCAUCUCCCAGCAAACCCAAAAGGUGCUCCCGACUUCAUCGUCAUCCUCAUCCGCUUCCUCCGGAACACUCGGUGGAUUGUACUGUCAGAGCUCGUACAAUGGGAGCUGCGAAAACAACACUACGAUCGCGCGCAUUAAUAACAAAACGCGCAAAAUGCGUUUCGACAUUAAUCGGAUCGAUCAUACCAUUUCUUCGUUCAAGGCUGAAAUGCGCAGCAUGCGCUUGAUGCUGGUGCGUCGCGGUGCCGAGAUAAAGGAGCUGCGCCGUCGGUUGGAAGAAUCGGAAACGAAAAAUUUGGAACUGCUGGCUAACAUAAAUCAGCUCGGGUUUGGUGCACCAUCGGUUGGAGCAGAACCGACGGGUGCAUCAAGUACGGCCGCAACGAUCAAACAAUGUAGCAUUAAACCUCGCACGUGCUCCAGUAUGCUGAAGAGGUUGUAUACGGAAACAGAAUCUCAAUCCUCCAGUUCCACUGUUGUGCCACCAUCUUCGGAAGCAACCGAAACGGAUAAGGAAGGCCAGGAACAGGAACCGGGGGGUGGAACUUGUUCUGCCAAGAGAGUUAAGCUUAGCGAUUAG